CAGCCAAUCAGCCGCAGGAGCGCAGCGGGGCGCGGCUCUGACUGGAGAAGGUGUGAGCGCACUGAUUUCUGGGAAGAUCAACAAUGUCGCAGCAUCUCAAAACCAUGCUCCAACCGCACAAGAUCAUACAGUAGGACAGGACUCAAGGAUUUAUUAUUAUAAGCCUGAAGGAUUUAAAUUUGGCUGACUUCUCUCACACUGCUGUGACAAAAUGAUGCGCUUCCUGUUGCUGUUCAGCCGUCAGGGCAAGUUGCGACUGCAGAAAUGGUUCACACCAGUAACUGACCGGGAGAAGAAGAAGGUGAUCCGGGACAUGAUGAUGUUAGUGUUGGCCCGUCAACCACGUUCCUGCAAUUUCCUUCACUGGAGGGACCUCAAGAUCGUCUACAAGAGGUAUGCCAGCCUGUACUUCUGUGCUGGCCUGGAGAACCAGGAUAAUGAGCUGCUGACCCUUGAAGUGUUGCACAGAUACGUCGAGUUGUUGGAUAAAUACUUUGGCAGCGUGUGUGAGCUGGACAUAAUUUUCAACUUUGAGAAGGCUUACUUCAUCCUGGAUGAAUUCCUGAUGGGAGGAGAAGUUCUAGAAACAUCCAAAGUGGCUGUGGGAGUAUCCAUGGAGGAGGCUGACACACUGCAAGAGACGAUGGAGGAAUACAUGAGCAGACCUGCCUACUGAGCCAAGACUUGAAGCCAAAGGUUGUUUACGCCUCAACAUUUUUAUUUAGUGAGUAAUAAUGAUUCAGUUGGCAUAAUGCCGUGGUCCUACAAUAACCACAAUACUGGAGAUGUUUUUAAGAAUUGUGAUUAUGUUUGUAAGUGCCUUUUAAGCCUCAUAUUUAUUCAUCUCAGGGUUUUAUAACAGCAUAUAUAACUGAUGAGAGACUUUUUUUCUGCUUAGCAAAAUACAUUUUUCAUAUUUACAUGUGUUUUUGUAAUCUUGAUUGUAAUACAUGUCAGGCAAGACACAUUUACAUUAAAACUUUAAACUGAUUGUGUGAUGGUGAGUAAAUGAAGAAACACGACACAGUAAGGAAA